GCUGCAUCUCCUUCUUCUCGAGAUCUCCACUUCUCAUCCCUCACUCCCUCGAAGCCGCCGUCCCCACUGCAACUCGUCUCGUGUCGUUCCGACGUCGCGCAGCCACUGUUCCGUCGCGUGGGAUCUGUUUCACCGCGCUCCAUCCUCCUCUGCUUCAGUUCCGCCACGCUCCACCCUCCUCUGCUCCAGUUCUGCUGCGAUCCACCCUCCGAAACUCCAGUUUUUGGCGGUCUAGGCCACCCCUUCUCCAGUUCCGCGGCGGUCCAGGCCACUUCUCCAGUUCUGCCGCGUCCAGCCCUCCCUGCUCCCUCACCUCUGUGCUCUAGAGGAAAGGAAAACUGAAAAAAAACAAAAGAGAGGAAAGUGCAGAGGAAGCAAACUGGAAGUAGUGUGCGUGUGCGUGUCUGUGAAGACUGAAAGAAGCUUCUGAUUGCUGUGGCCGCUACAACACAAGUCACCCAAGGAGGAAUCCACAUCCACAAGUAACCCAAGAAGAAGAAGAAGAAGAAGAAGAAGAAGAAGAAGAAGAAGGAGGAGGAGGAAUGGCAAGCAGCAGCAGAACUAACCCGCGAAAGGAAAGCGUCGUCGUCGAUUGUGGUCGCCGCCGAACCACUUGCGGCUAUUGCAGAUCGCCCCGCCGCUCUAGCAUCUCUCAUGGCUUGUGGGCGCAUAGCCUUACUGUGGAUGACUACCAAGGACUUCUUGAUCGGGGUUGGAGAAGAUCUGGAUGUUUUCUUUAUAAGCCAGAGAUGGAAAGGACAUGCUGCCCUUCUUAUACAAUUCGUUUGAAAGCAAGCGACUUUGUUCCUUCCAAGGAGCAGGUUCGUGUAUCUAGACGAUUGCAAAGGUAUUUAGAUGGAUCCUUGGAUGCCAAAAGAGCUAAUACAUCUGAGGACGCAACUACUUCAAAGAAAUCAGAAAGCUGUGUCCGUCAUAAGGUCUCAUCCCCCAAGUCAGAAGAAUCUCUAUCUGCCAGCAAGGAAGAGCAGAAUGAGGUUGAAAACAUUUUGCGCCAUUUAUCAGAUCAAAUUAAUAAAAUAGUACAGAUGUUGAUUGAGAAGGGGGAAUUUCCUUCUCAUAUUGUGUUACCAAAACCUUUAGUCAGAAAGGUUUCACAAGGGAAGAAAAAAUUACUAGCCAGUGGAUCAGAAGAUAUGUUAUAUAGCAGCAAUAUAGCAUUUCAAAUUGCAGCCUCUAUAAAAAGAACUCAAUCAGGUGACAAGAAUAGGAAUAAUUCCCAACCAUCACAAAAUGGUGAAAAGGAAAAUGCAUCAUCUCCCAAAAUUAUUGCAGAAAAGUUAGUAGUGCCUUUAGAUCCGAUGGUGAAAAGUUCUGGGUUUUCUGUCAGGGCUUGCAAUGGGCAUAUCAAUUUCUAUGCUCCUACGGAGCAAGUUUGCCAGAGUGAGUGUGUUCAAAGUGCUGAAACUUCUAAAAAAUCUGGAAUGAAGCGUGAUAUUGGUGGAAAUUGUCUGAGUAGUCCUCCACAUUGUCAGGUGAAAAAGCGAAAGUUUGAGAUCAGAAUGAAUAGAUCCAGUUUUGAUCCAGAAGAAUUUGCUCUGUAUAGGCGAUAUCAGCUCAAAGUACAUAAUGAUAAACCAGACCAUGUCACGGAGACCUCAUAUCGCAGGUUUCUGGUUGAUACUCCAUUAUUAUUUGUUUCUCCCACCGGUGAUAGCACUGUUCCACCUUGUGGCUUUGGCUCUUUCCAUCAACAAUAUUUAAUAGAUGGCAAAUUAGUGGCAGUUGGUGUUAUAGAUGUCCUUCCCAAAUGUUUGUCAAGCAAAUAUUUAUUCUGGGAUCCAGACUUUGCCUUCCUAUCACUUGGCAAGUACUCAGCACUUCAAGAAAUAGGUUGGGUGAAAGAAAACCAGGCUCAUUGCCCUAGUCUUCAGUACUAUUAUCUUGGCUACUAUAUUCACUCAUGCAACAAGAUGAGAUACAAAGCUUCCUAUCGUCCAUCGGAGCUUUUAUGCCCACUUUGUUAUCAGUGGGUCUCAUUUGACAUUGCAAGGCCCUUGCUUGACAAAAGGCCUUAUGUUGUCUUAUCAGAUUCCUCCGUUUUAAAAAAUGGCGAUUCUUCCCUCCAUCAAGCUACCGAAGAUUCAACAGAAAGGCACCUUGAUGACAUUGACCAAGAAGAUGCAAAUGAUGUCCGAAUGGAUGAGGAUGAACAAACCGUAGACUCUGAAGAAAGCUCUGACGAUGAACCUGAACUUGAAACCACUGCAUAUGGCAACGCGGAAAAUUGUGAUGUCAGCAGAGUUUUGGUUGGGGUAGAGGGAACUUGUUUGAGAUACAGGGAUCUGCGAAAUGCCUUUGGUCCUGAGGGGAGGCAGUAUUUGGAGACCCAGCUGCAGAAAUACAAGAACGUCGUGGGUCCAGAGUUAUCUGAGAGAAUGGUCUAUUCUGUUGGAUAAUUUGAAUCUUAGCUCAUGAGUUUUGACAAGACGAUAGUGCCAAUAUCCCAAGGAAAAGAAAGAAAUAUCCUCUCCAAAUAAGUUCCAUGUGUUUUGGGUGCUCAUAUGGUGUCGUGUUUUCGACAAGACGAUAGUACCAAUAAGAAUACUAUUUAAGGUGAUAGUUUAAGUUCGUUAGUGACCAUAAUUCAAAAUCUUGAUUCUCGUAUUGGUUGUGACCAUAUUUAUGUGGUGCUCAACUGCUCAGGGAGCAAACAACAGGUGUAGUUGAAUUAGGCCCUUGUUUUGUCUCUAGGAGUGGUAUUGGUAACAAAAAAUCAACUGUUGGAACCCUGAUUUGGGGCUAAUAGAUUGUUUUUGUUGAAGAUUUGUUGUUGCCCAUUCAAAUUUCUCAUGCAUUUUGCACAUAUGAAAUUGAAUGGAAUAUUUCUUUGGCAGCAUUAAUUGCCAAAUGUGGAAUGCAAUGCAAUGCAUAGUGCUGUCAGUU